CUUCGCCAUGAGUCUUCAUAAACGUACCUGAUGCAGUGGAUGUGAAAACAUGUCAGACGACGUCUCUGUCGCACAAGCUCUCAAGGAUGCCAUCGUUGAAGGCUCAUAUCCACAAUCCGAGGAGUUGCUAACAUCUGAUCUGUCCUCAAACCUCAUUUCCUCCUUGCUCAGCCAAAUUUCGCAGACACGCGACGAGCUUAGCCACGAGAUCGGCAUUGCAACACGCGGCGAGACCAAAGAUGUCAAUCAAUGGAUUGUCAAAGCCAGAAAGGUCCAGGAAGAUAUUGCAAAGUGCAAACUAGAGUCGCGAAAGAUUGUCGAGGAGCACGUUCACCUUCAGAAUCUAAGAUCACAAGCCGCCGACCAUAAGGCAAAGGUGGACCUCUUGAAUUCGGAGAUUGAAUUCUCGGAGACUUUGAAACAUGAGUUUUCCAACAUUGCAUUAGCCUCGCAGGCUCUGAAAGAGGUGGAAGCGGACUUGCUCAACGGCAAUCCCUUCGGUGCUGCAGACAAGUUGCACCGGCUUGGUCGCCAUGCUCCUUUAUCAUCUCGAUCUCGUUCAGCAAUAAUCACCCGAGACUUGAAGGAUGAGCUUCGUCUGAAAACGCGAGUACAGCUCGAGGCCAAAUUGCACGCUCAAAUAAAUGUUCAAAAGGAGCAAUAUACCACACGGAUACAAGUAUCGCCAACGGAAACCACAGCAACUUCCAACAACUCUGACAGUAUCCUGAGAGCCUUGGAUCAACUCGGAGAACCUCAAGAUGUGGUUGAGUCGUUAACAGACAAGCUGCGAACUUUUUUCCUGUCACCACUUCGGAAGUCAUCACGACUCAAAUAUUCGGCUUAUCAGCUCGAUGAGCACAAGUUGACUGUGGAACUCAGCCACGAAGAAUCAUCUUUUGAUAAAGUGUUCGAUUAUGUCUCUAGUUUCACACAGUUCCUUCACACCUCAAUGUCAAAAACGAUCCAAGAUGCUGCAGUGCAGGCGAUAUAUCCAGAUUUGAUGGCUCUCCUUGUCAAUGAUUGGCUCACUCCCGAGUUGCCCAUUGAUCUCGACAAGCUGGAUCGACUUGAUCAGAUACGCCAGCAGAUGAACCGGCUUCUAGAUCAGCUCGAAACGUUAUCGUGGCAUGGCCGAACAGAGUUGCAGGCCUGGACGAAUCAAAUCAACAGAAUCUGGCUGGCCAAGCGGAAAGCUGCGACUCUGGACGCGGUUCGGAAGGGACUUGCUUCUUCCAAGGGUGUUCUGAGGCAGGUCGAGCGAGUUGAGACUCGGAUCAUCGAUACUCAACUUGAGGAACAUGCUCAGGAAGAGUCAAUACCUGAAGAUUGGAAUGCCAACUGGGAUGAAGAUGCAACUGAAGAGUCGGAGUCGUCCAUAAAAGCCAAGGCUCAAGACGCAGAAGACGAAGAGGCUAGUGGCUGGGGUUUCGACGAUGAUGAUGACGACGAAACUGCCGAGGUCAAGCCUGCGGACACAUCUACAGAGAACCAAAGAGACAAGCACGGAGAUGAUGGAGAAGAAGGAGAAGAAGAAGAUGAUGCCUGGGGCUGGGGUGAUGAGGAGACUGAAAACAAGACCGUUCCUACCAAGAAACAAGGAGCAAAACAGACCAACACCACCAACAACCAUGAAAAAGAAGCAGCCGAGCCGCAGCAGCAAACUCUUACUGAAUGGUACAGCAUCAGCGAGGUCCCCGACUAUAUUCUCGAGACAGUCGGAAAAGACGUUUCCGAUGCAGAGACACUGAAAACAACCACCCAUGCAUCUCUCGACACAUCGAUUUUGUCUCGAGGCCUACUAGCACUACCGACACUGGCAAUGGCCAUGUUUCGAGCGACAGCUCCCAGCUACUACGGCGCAUCUCCAUCUCUGACCGAUAUUCAUCGAUACAACGACUCUCUGUACAUUGUGGAUCGACUGCGACAACUAGACGUGCCCGGGAUGUCGAACCUAGAAGGCGAUAUCAAGGCGAUGGAGAGAUUCGCGCGGGCGGCAUACUCGAAAGAAAUGGAAACCCAGAGGCUAAUUGUAUGGGAUCUCCUGGAGGGCGCUCAAGGGUUUUCAUCGUGCACGCAAUUUCCCUAUUCGCAGGAGAUUGAAAACGCCGUGUCAGCCGUGGUGGAUCGUGUACGUGCUCUGCAUAUAGAAUGGCAACCCGUGUUGUCGCCGUCGGUGCUCCUGCAGAGUAUUGGCACGAUCCUGACGACAGUGACAGGAAAGAUCAUCUAUGCGAUUGAGGAGUUGGACGACAUUUCGGAGCCUGAGUCGCGCAAAUUGACCGAGUAUUGUCAACAGGUCGCAGGGCUGGACGACUUGUUCCCACGCGACGAUUCUCUGACUGGUCAGCCUGUCUCUAGCACGGCUGUGUACGUCCCGUCGUGGAUCCGGUUUCAGUAUCUGAUCCAGGUCCUUGAAAGUUCACUAGUUGAUAUCCGCUAUCUUUGGACCGAGGGAGAGUUGAGUCUGGAGUUUAGUCAGCGAGAAGUCGUCAGUCUAAUUCAAGCUCUGUUUGCAGAAAGCAGACAUCGAAGGGAUGCCAUUAAUGCAAUCUUGGCCAAGCAAAGUCCAUGGGAUCCCUAGAUACAGUACAUAUGUGGAGAUACUUCGAAGACCAUCCAUUGCUCUGUCAACAUGUGAAGUCUAUGUAUUUCAUUGUCCUCCUUUACAUGUCGCCCGAUGCAUGGAUGACUAGUACCUACGUACCAGUCACAAGAUAAGUGGCCUAGAGGCAUAACCAAGUUGCAAGAUUUGUCGAAAUCAUUAUUAUAUGAUGAUACACAUGGAAACUAUUGUAUCAAGGGUAUUCUCA